UACGUAACAUAUCGUGUGCAAGGUAUCCAUGUUGAAUCGGUGCUACAAUUAGUAAUUGUGUGCAUGUGCACGAAAAUAAACAGUUACAUGUCAGCUUUGUAGCUGUAGCCCAGCUGGUAUAGAGGUAUAUUAUCAUAGCUAAUAGAAUGAAUAGUGAGUUGAAGGUCGCCUUACCAACUGUUCAAGAACGAAAGAAACUUCUUGGCUUUCUGGAAAAUGUUUUCACUUUCACCGAUUCUGGUGGUAGAAGGAGGCCUUUGGAAGACCCUUUCCCCCUUCGAGGAGGAGCUCAGCAUAAAGUCCCGCCCAAGAAGUUCAGUACCCUACCUCGUAAGCCUAAGAGAGCCAAGAUGGCCGAUAAACCACCUCUUGCCCCCAAACCUCCCGUCCCUAUGCCCCGAAAGAAGGGACCACCCCCCAUGAAACCUGUGCCUUAUCGCAAGCACAAAGAGUACAAGGAACAUGAUGUGUCCACCUUCAAGUCCAACCAUCCUAUUCAGCUAUCCGCUAAUAAACCUACCCCUCCAGUACCAGCCGAAAAACCACCUAGGAGGUACUCUGCAAAAGGAGAACCAUCUAUAGAGUUUCACAGACCUAAGAAAGUGACUAAAGAGCCAAUACAAUAUGGCAUCCCAUCGAUACCUGGUAGAAUGGUGGACAAGGGAGCCACGAUUAGCUCUAGGCCUCGUCUAAACACACCUUACAUUCCACCGGAACCAACAGAACUGGCUCUGUCCAAUGAUAACAACUCAAAGGAGAGUACUGUUAACGAAAUGGAACUUUCUGCUCCAAAAGGAAGUAGUGUUGGUAGUAGCGAAACGCUUUACACCAAAGCUUAUGAUUAUGAAACAAACGGGAGUGAUGACGUCGAAGGCUAUGCUGUGAUACCACUAACUAAAACACUGGCUAAACUUCCCAAGCUUCAACCCAAAACACCACCUUCACCCCUCGGGCCUAAACCACCUACCCCAAUAGCUAUACCAGCUACACAAGAAGAUGUCUGGGGAAGUGUACCACCAAGAGCUGACAAAGUCCCGCAGCAACAUUCUACUGAAGAGUAUGCUGUAGUAUCUCCAACCAGACAAGUGAGGGAAGCAUCACCAGGUCCUUUGUCCUCUGAUGACUACAACCAUAUUGUACACUCACCUACGACCAUUAACACUCAAACACACACUGGCGCAGAUGAGAACUCAAAGUUAGGUGGACUGGAAAGGAAUGGAAGCGAGAAUGUUGAAAAAUCUGCUGUACCAUUAGCCAGAGCAUCGGCUAAAAUUCCCAAACGCCAGCCCAGAAAAUCGCUACCUAAACCACCUACCCCAACGGAAGAGAAUACUGUACCAUUAAGACAAGACAAUGUCCCACAGCAACAACCUACUGAAGAAUAUGCUGUAGUAUCUCCAACGACAAUAGUUACGAUGGUAUCACCUUUAUCUUUUGUUGACUACAACCAUACUGUACACUCACCCACUCCUCAAACACACCCAGCCACAGACGAGUACUCAAAGUUGAGUAGAUCCGAUGAUCUGACAACAUCUCCAGCCCAUGAUCCCUUACAACUUCCUCAGGAGUAUUCAGUCAUCACUGUUCCUGUUGUCUCCCCUCCCCCUACCGGUAACCCCACUCAGCAGGCAGGGUAUAGUCAACUUGCUGGUGGAGCUCAAGUCGAGGCAGAGUACAAUAUCAUAAGUGACGAGCCUCGCCAACAAUUAUCUACUACCAAACCGAAAGUGAAAGCAAAGAAAGCUUUCCAGAAAGUGAAAGAAGGCCAGUUGCAGUCUAAAAGGGAACGCUAUGAUUUUACUGCCUACAGUGAGGACCUGGUACCCAUGACCAGCCAAAGAGCUACUGAAAAGCCAUCACCCCCUGCAAAGCCAUAUAGACCCCCCCUAACUUAUCAGAGGACGGAUGCACCUGGGAUGCCACAAUAUCCAUCAAGACAAGGCCCAGCUAUUGAGAGAGAUUUUUCCCCUCCUCUGUCGAACCAAGAGCUGGAGAGAGCUGGUUAUGAAACUGUGAACACAAUGCUCGAGCCAGAAGAAGAUACAGCUGAUGGAGGAACUACAGUACCUCCACGGAAAACAGUCAUUAGCCCCAAAGUUGAAGUUGACAUCGACUUGAUCAAUCAAAUCCAAACUGUCAUGGAUGGCAAACGCGAGCCUGACAGUGAAGAGAGUAGCUAUGGGAACCAGCUCAUUAUUGAAGCCGUACGUCCGGAAAACACUGAGAGUGAAGAUUGUCCCAAGGACCCUAGGGUAGAUGGUUUAGUUCUUUCCUCUACCGAUAUGUUCACUGUACCCCAACACGCUAUCCCUGGCCAUCUGGGCUACUGCGAUAUUGACUUAAAACCACCUGAGCAGCACCAACCCGUUAAGGAGGAAACUAUCAAUCCCGGAGCAGGUAUGGUUGAAGGAGACACCAUUACUGUGAAGCACAACUCAUAUCCUAAUGCAGAGGGUUACUGCAACCUUGCAUUGAACUCUUCUCCCUCGCAGACUUCAGUUAGUGGGGCUCUGGCUAAUGAUCAUGCACUCUACUGUGAUAUUGAUGAGAGCAGCCUAAGCAACGUUUCUGGCAGAAAUGAAUCACUUUUGGAUGCUUCUGAACAACCCAAUAGUGUAAACUCAACUUCACACACAUAUGAACUUGUACCACACUCUCCCAAAACACCACCAAAGAGUCUACUUGAAGAUGCUAACCCUCCUGCGACUAAACCAAAACCUAGGAGAUUAAAAAGUGAAAUUGAUAGUACCACUCAAGAGGAAACAAAGGUUGAUAAGAAGUCUCUCAAAAAAGCAGUGACAGUGGAUGUACCUCAGAGACCUGCUCGCAAGGCACCCCCCCGACGAGCUCCCCCACCCCCUCCUGUGCAGGCAGCUGUUGAUGAUAACGUAUUACCAAGAAGGGACACUAGUCCUCGUGUGGCUGGUGACAUUGCCACUCUGCCUAGAGGGCUAAGUUUGCUCAAAUCAUCUCCAACUACUAAUAAUAGGGACAUUUCCCUAAGUAGUCAGCAACAAGCUAAAUCAAAAACACCAUCGAGUAAGGGUUUGUUCUCUCCAAAACAUGAAGGGACCUCGCCUAAGUUACUGCUACGAUUUUUUGGUAAGAAACAAUCUAACUCUCACGAUACUUCCAAGAUCAACUGGCGAAAGAAAAGCCUUCGAGCUAACAAAGAUAACCCAGCUGUGUCACCUGGGACCAAGGCAAGGAAAUUACCAGCCACUGGUAGGACUUGUCAAGACCUUCCCGUUCCAGCAUUGGAUACAUUAGAUGAUGAUGACACGGAUUUGUAUGCCACUAUCCAAGAGACGCUGCAGAAACCGCUCCCUUCUCCAUUGGCUAGUGCAAGUCCCAAACUGGAGACAAGGCGAUCAUCAGGAAGUAGUAGGGACUUUGAGGCUGGUAAAUCCAAGCAGAGGUCUUCUUUCAGGAAGAAAAAGGUGAAGAAAAAUAAUGCUGUGCGAAGGACCAACUCGGCUGAGCACUUGUACGAUACAGCUGAAAUGUCUGGGCAAGGCAGACCUACUAACCGUGCAAGACUACCUAAUCCAGACGAAGUUCAUGCUGGUCUGUAUGCCAUGGUUACCUCCAGACCUGUAGACAAUGCUCUCCAAGAGGAUUCAGCCUCCCCCACCACGAAUGAACAAGCUAGUAAUAUAGGGCUAACCGAGAGCCGAGAUAAAUCACUAUCUCCAAUAAGGAACUCUCUGUACGAGCAAGAGGGGCUAGUUGUCACGUCACUAGAUAAAAAAUUUGGAACUAAUAAAGUGGACGAAUCCUUUGUCUCUAGUGCUGACAUUGAGCACACUGUGUCAUCAGAAGGUUCCGUGUAUGCCAUAGUUCAGACCAGACCAAAGUCAAGAAAAAGUAAAAGCAGUGCUAGUAGUGAUGAUACUGUAGGGCAGACUGCAGACUCACAGCCAAAUCUCGACCAACCUCCAUCACAAGUACCAAAGAAACCUCUUCGUAGCUCGGCUGUAGCUCAUAAGCCCCCUCCGUAUCAAUCAAACUCUCAAGAGAACACUCUCCCCAAAACAGCCACUACCCCUGACAAUGCACCCCUGAAAAAAAUUGACUGCCCUGUUAGUACAAGGAGUGGGCCCCCUUCGUUUCCACCCCCACCACCUCCACAGGCUAAAUCAAUAACCCCUGAACCAGCUCCUGUUAUAGAAGACCCUACUUACGAAGUGGUGGAUUCCGCUAAGAAACCUAAAGUUUCAGUGCCUCAGAAGUCCAAAAUCUUAACCUCAGUACCAGCUCAGAAGCAGCCUGAGCACAAGUCGUCUCAAGAUGAGAUCACAAGUGAGGAUGGCUAUGCCUUGGUGUUUAAUGACCAUACCGAUGGUAGUAAAGACAGUGAACUGCCUGCUCCAGAUUUGGUGCACAUCAAUGACGCUCUGAAGACAGACAGCCUGCGAGACGAACGCCCCCCUCAUCUUUACUCCACAAUUCAGAGAGAUGAAGAACCAGAGGAGAGCCCGACAGUGUCAGUACGAAUGGUCUCCCAUGGGUAUGCAACUGUGGUGGAUAAAGGAAAACUGAAUGGGCAACCAAGCAAAAAGAAAAUGGCUGGUAUUCCGAGGUUAGCACCACGUAUCAAUCCCCCUCCCCCACCCCCCAGUGACAAGAAGCGAGGGGCGACUGCGAAUCUUCUGCCCACUCAUAAGCCACUCAAUAAUGUGGCAUCCACCCCCUUGGAACCUCGUACAAAGUCACCUGAGGCUGAUGCUGACUGGACACUGAACCAAAGGACUAGCUCCUUUAGUCAAGGAGAGAGUGGCCAGCCAAAGUUCUUAUUCUCACAGAAACUCUGUCAGAGUUUAAUUGCUGUUGGAGACAAUCCUGAGGCUUCGAUUCCCCCUUCCUCUAACCCGCUCAUGAUGGCUGUCACUGUGGACGAGGACUCCGAUGCUGACAUCAUGUACUCCACAGAAUGGGAGAGCUCCACUGACGAAGAGAAUGAGCCUGAGCAUAUAACUGUGCAUCGGCCCAAGAUAUUCUACAUUACCAGAGAGAUCCUUACCACUGAGAGAACCUUUGUGAAGGGACUGACUCUGUUGGAUAAGGACUUCCGACAAGCAGUACGUUCAGCCAACAACGCUCAUGACAAGCCAGUUAUACCGGAUGAGGCCAUGAAGCUGAUCUUGGGCAACGUCAGCAGCCUACUAAGCCUCAAUUCUGACAUGCUCAAAGACCUGGAAGACAGAAUGAGCAGAUGGGAUGAAGACCCCAGGAUUGGAGACAUUCUGAAGAUCAGGGCUCCUUAUUUUAAGAUCUACACUGAGUACAUCAGCAAGUUUGACAAGGCAUUGAAGGCACUAGACGAGUGGACAAAAAAGAGCCCACAGUUUGCCGAGGUGGUUCAUGAAUUUGAGGCCCAGCCCAAGUGUGCCAGUAUUCCCAUUGCUGGCUACAUGCUCGAUGUUGUACAGAGGAUCACCAGAUACAAAAUGCUCAUGACAGAUUAUGUUAAACAUCUACCGGAGGAUUCAAAAGAUAGAGAAGACAGUGAAAAGGCGCUUGAAGCUAUCUCAUCCACAGCCACGCACGUGAAUGAAACAAUACGGCAAAUGGAUAAUUUCCGUAAAGUGGUUGAAGUGCGGAAGAGACUGAUUGGUGAUGCCGGAGAUACUCUCAUUACUCCAUACCGAAAGCUUUUGAAAGAGGGAGAGCUACUGAAGUUUUCAAGAAAAGAGAGACAGGCUCGAAUGUUUUUUUUGUUUAAUGACAUCCUGAUUUACGCGUCGUCUGUCCCUCCUGCUAACACUACGUUCAAGGUGAUUAAAAGGAUCCCACUUGAGGGUAUGUUGGUGGAACCCCUCAAUGACCCGGAGAUGAAAUAUGGAUUCCAAAUCAUCAGCACUUGCAAAUCAUUUCGCCUGGAAGCAAGCAACAAAGAGGAAAAGACACAGUGGCUGACAGCGUUUGAAAUUGCCAUUAAGGGACAAGCAGAAAGGAUGAAGAAUAGGGAGAGAGUCAGACAGAUUCUUGUUGCUGAUAAAGGUGGCAUUGAUGAAACAGACUCACUUCCUUUGGGCCACCUAGCUCCACCAUGGUUACCUGAUAGUGCUGUCAGUAUGUGUCAGCUAUGCUCAGUACAUUUUACUCUAACUCGAAGAAGACAUCAUUGUAGAGCUUGCGGAAUGAUAUUCUGUAGUGACUGUUCAAGCUACUAUGCCUCUCUGAAGUACAUGAACAAUAAAACUGACAGAGUAUGUCAGUCUUGUUAUGAAAAGAUUGACAGCAAUGUACCCUCUGUUCACCCAGAGGAUGGCUCUGAUAAAUCGUCUCCAGUGAAGCGACCUGGCAGGUUGUCAAGAGGGCACCCAAAGAUGGUGAACAUGCCCUCCGUGUUACUAGAGGUCAAGGCUAGGGACCAGAAUGCUCAGAUCAGUGGUUACCUUCAGACACACACUUCUAAGUCUAAACGCUGGAAGAAGAGGUGGUAUGUUGUCUACAACCUCGUGUUGUACGAGUUUGAGAGACAUGAGGAUGUAUCAGCUAAAAGAAGUAUCACACUACCUAGCUAUCAAGUGGUCAGCCCUAUCCUGAGACAUGAAGAUCCUUUUGUGUUUGUGCUCAAGCAUGCUGGCGCAGGCAAACGUUAUUUCAAGGUUGAAAAUGAGGAGCAAUUAGAGAGGUGGGUUGAAAUUCUGAAGAAGGCUGUUCGUGGAGAGAUAGAUGAGGACGAGGGUGCUACAGCUUCUGUCCUAUCCCCAGAGGAAUCUACCUCACUUCACUCCCUUGACUCACAGGAACCUGAUUCAUCAUCAUCCACAUAACCACAAACACGCAAAUGUGUCACAUGUUUGUAUGUGCCUAAAAGCUAGUAUAUAGCAGUUUCAAUCGUGCAUCUUUUAUAAUUGUAUGUGAUCAUCAUCCUAUUUAUUUCUGAUUGUGUAGCUACAUGUACUGUUACAAUUUGAACACCUGCAUUUUUUGAAUAUUGUUUUGAAAUUUUGAA